AUGAAGAGCAGCAAACCAGUACAUCUGCGCGAAGUCUGGACAGACAACCUCGUAUAUGAGUUUUUUCUAAUCAAAGAAGCGAUCUCUCGCUUCCCCUUGGUUGCUUUGGACACAGAAUUCCCUGGUACUAUCUUUCAAUUAAAUCGUGACAAGAGUUGGCUGUCUCAUGCCACUCCCUAUGAAAACUACUGUCUCAUGAAGUGGAAUGUUGAUCUCUUGAAAAUAAUUCAACUUGGGAUGGCUCUUUCUGAUUCACAUGGAAAUCUUCCAAGUUUCGGAACAGAAUUCCACUAUGCGUGGCAGUUUAAUUUCCGGGAUUUCAAUAUCAAGCACGAUCAUCACAAUGAAGAGUCUAUUGGGUUACUUGAACGCCAAGGUAUUGAUUUGAAGAAGAACAGAGAGAAGGGUAUUGAUUCCUCAGAUUUUGAAAGGCUGAUUUUGAGUUUGUUGAUUUUAACUAAACGAGAGUUGCCAAGUGAUAUGCGGUCUUUUUUGGGGAUGAUGAGGUUUUUCUUUGGGGUUCGAGUUUAUGAUACAAAAUUCAUGAUGGGAUGCAUUAGUGGCUUGCACGGUGGAUUGGAGAGGGUGGCUAUGUUACUUGGUGUUGAACGAAUAACGGGAAGCAGGCACCAGGCAGGAUCUGAUAGCUUGUCAAGUCUUCAAACAUUCGUGAGAUUUAAGGAGUCGUGUGCUAAAAUUGAUCUCGAGAAAUUGAAUGGCUAUGAGGGAAUGAUGUUUGGACUGUGUGAAGGCUGGUUAGGGUUCACUUACGCACCUGAUACAUUCAUGGGAACUCUAGUUUGA